AUGGCCGGAUUGCCGGCUUCUGAGCCACAGGGUGAACCCCUCGGUGCAGCAAGUUCAACGGAUUCAACGCGUGGUGCCGCCGGCCAACCCGCGCCAGGUGUCGCGUCGUCCACGUCAGCCACGCCCGCCACGUCAGCCGCGGGAGCCACGUCAGCUCCGGAGAAAGCGGCGCAGGAGAAGGCGGCAGUGAGCGUGCCUAGUCUGCAUGACAUCUCGGAUCAUAGCAGCGAGGAAGGCGACAACGACCGGGAGGAGAAGGAUGGGAAGACGACGGGUGCUGCUGCGGAAGGGGAGAAGGACGAGCAGGGAGUGAAGGAACGGGCGAACGGGGAGGCGAGGCCGGAAAUGCUUAAUGGCAACGGCACGAAUGGGAUUGCCGCUGCGAAAGCAGAUUCUGGCUCCGCUGCUGAUGUUGCUGCGAAGGAGGAGCAUGAGAGUGACGGUGAUGGUAACAAUGCUGCUGCGAAGCCUGGGCUGCUCGCUGCGUGGCGGCGGAAGGCGGAGCGACUGUUCCCUGCGCUGCUCCGAGUCGGUAAGGUAAGCCUCUCCUCAAUUAUCCGCUUCGUUCUUUCUCCACUCCCCACCUCCUUCCCUCCCCCGCCCCCCCACUCCCGCCCUCUUCUCCAGCUCCCCUCAGCUGUGCCACGUGGCAGCUACUGGGCGGUCUUCCAGGCGUUCUUCCUGCUCGGGUGGACGGCGUUCGGCGGCCCAUCCGCCCACAUCGCCAUGUACCACAAGCAAUUCGUGGAGCUGCGCGGAGCUGCUAGCGCCCACCCAGGCAGUGCUGGGCCCAUCCAGCAGCACGCAGAUGUCAUUCUCCAUCGGCAUCCUUCAGAGGGGCAUCACUGGCGGGCUGCUGCUCUCUCCCAACCAGUCCAACCACUGCAAGCACCACUUGCUUCCCCGUCUCCACUCCCUCGCCAUGUUUCUUUCUUCUCCGCUCUCCCUGUGUCCUCCCUCCCUACACUUAGCUGGAUGUCAGAAGACGUGUUUGCAGAGCUAUUAGCGCUCACCCAGGCAGUGCCGGGGCCAUCCAGCACGCAGAUGUCAUUCUCCAUCGGCAUUCUCCAGAAGGGCAUCACUGGUGGGCUGCUCUCGGGAGCAUUGUUCCAGUUCCCAGGAGCUCUCAUCAUGGCCAUCGCUGGCUUUGGCGUCGCCAAGAAGGGCAUCACGGGCGGGCUGCUCUCAGGCAGGCGCGAAGGUGAGAGAUGCGGCAGAAUGGCAGUGCAUGCACUCGAGUCUCUAGGUGCAGAAGCGCAUAAACGUUCACACUUCUUUCUCCACAAGGGCUUCUUUCUCCACAAGGGCAUCACCGGCGGGCUGCUCUCGGGAGCAUUGUUCCAGACUGGCACUGCCACAGCAGUGGCAGUGGCAGUGGCGUUGGUGGCGGAGGCAGUGGCAGUGGCAGAGGCAGUGGCAGUGGCAGUGGCGUUGGUGGCGGAGGCAGUGGCAGUGGCAGUGGCAGAGGCAGUGGCAGUGGCAGUGGCAGUGGCAGUGGCAGAGGCAGUGGCAGUGGCAGUGGCAGUGGCAGUGGCAGUGGCAGUGGCAGAGGCAGUGGCAGUGGCAGUGGCAGUGGCAGUGGCAGUGGCAGUGGCAGAGGCAGUGGCAGUGGCAGUGGCAGAGGCAGUGGCAGUGGCAGUGGCAGUGGCAGUGGCAGUGGCAGUGGCAGUGGCAGUGGCAGUGGCAGUGGCAGUGGCAGAGGCAGUGGCAGUGGCAGUGGCAGUGGCAGUGGCAGUGGCAGUGGCAGUGGCAGUGGCAGUGGCAGUGGCAGUGGCAGUGGCAGUGGCAGUGGCAGUGGCAGUGGCAGUGGCAGUGGCAGUGGCAGUGGCAGUGGCAGUGGCAGUGGCAGUGGCGUUGGUGGCAGAGGCAGCGGUGGUGCUGGGCAAGAAGAUGUGGGCUCUCUCCACCAGUGCCCCUCCGCACCUAACUGCACCCCUCUCAGGCCUGGCGGCGGUGGCAGUGGCAUUGGUGGCGGAGGCAGCAGUGAUUUUGGGGAAGAAGAUGUGUCGCAACAAAGUGACUCGCGUGCUCUGUGUGGCCUCUGCCGUGAUUACCUUUUACUACGCCACGCAGUGGAUCUUCCCCACCGUCAUCCUGCUUGGCGGCGUGGUCACGUAUUUCACGGAGCGCAACAAGCCCAUUCCGCCGCAGCGCAGCGACAUUCAGAGGCUGGGCGUGUCCCCUCUGGUGGGCGGCAUGCUGCUGUUUGCGUGGAUCGCCAUCCUGGUCGGUUCCAUUGUCUACAAGAACGCCACGAGCUAUGAGAGCGCAAAGUGGAUCCACUGGUUCGAGGGUUUCUACCUGACGGGGUCAGUGACUUAUGGAGGAGGCCAGGUGGUGCUGCCGCUGCUGGAGAACGUUGUAAUUGACUAUGAGACCGUGUGCCCUCCCAAUGGAGGAAAGUGCUAUGAAGUGGAGGCCAACACAUCAUGGGUAACUUCCCAGCAGUUUCUCGCCGGACUCGCUCUUGCACAGGCCCUGCCUGGUCCGCUGUUCAACUUCUCAGCCUACAUUGGUGCCAUUGUGGGGGGGAUGGGCGGGGUGAUAGCGUGUUGGUUCGGCCUCUUCUCGCCCGGCAUACUCAUCAUCUAUGGCGUGCUGCCCUUCUGGGGCAAGUUCCGCCAGUGGAAGCUGUACAAGCGUGCUACACCGGGCUUCAACUCAACUGCAAUCGGUCUCAUUUGGGCAUCAGUGUUUUCCCUGGGCCUCAAGGUGUACAAAGUCAGUCCCUUCCCCAUGGCAUCGCUCUGCAUUGCCAUGAUUGGAUACGCUUCUACCAAUUUCCUCAAGAUUCCUGCUCCACUUGCCAUCAUUAUUGGAGGAGCGCUAGGGGUGGUAGCAUGGGCCACGAACAUGCAUUAG